GAUGGACAGGUUCUGACACAAGGGGGACUCUGGUCCUGGACCAGGACCUCCUGCUCUUCACCCUGACUGACCGGCUCUCAGCUUUUUGCUGCGUCAGCAGAAUAAUUCUGUUAGAAGCAUSGAGGAGGGUCCGCCGUCUCGAUCAGCUCGGGUCCAGAGGAGGUUCUGAGACAAACCAACCGAGCCGGAUUGGAUCAUUGGUUCAGACGGGCGCGCUGGAGGCGGGAGGAUCCGACGGAGCGCGCUCAGUCUGCGCGCGUCACCCACUGAGCAGCACCGACACCAGGACCCGAGUCUGAGGAUCCGGGACCGGACCGGACCGGAGCAGCAGGAGGAUGAACCAGAGCGCAGGAGCAGCGCAGCACAGCAGGAGGUUCUCCGUGGAGGAGAAGGACGUUGGACACAUCGGAGCGGACAGGAACUGGAAGGGGAUCGGCAUCUCUCUGCUGGUCAUCGUGGUGGUCCUGUCUUUUAUCGGACUUUCCAUCGUUCUGCUGUCAAGAGCGUCAGAAGUCGUCUUUCGGAGCUGGGACGGAGACGUUUUCAAAGUCAACACGUUGAAUUACGAGAUGGAUCUCCUGAUCAAAAACACAACGUUUGCGACGUUUAAGGCGACAAAGUUUGCAGUUUCUCCAGAUCAGAACUUUGUUCUUCUGGGAUAUGACGUUAAACGGGUUUACAAGCAUUCUUUCCUGGCUUCAUAUCUCAUCUACAACCUGUAUACAAGAGAGGUGCGGGAGCUUAAUCCUCCUGAGGUGUCAGACUCGGUUCUACAGUUCGCCUCGUGGGGCGUUCAGGGUCAGCAGCUGAUCUACAUCUUUGAAAACAACAUCUACUACCAGACAGACGUUCAGAGCAGCUCCUGGAGGCUGACGUCUUCAGGACAGGAGGGCGUGGUCUUCAACGGGAUCUCAGACUGGCUGUAUGAGGAGGAGGUGCUGCACACCCAGGUGGCCCACUGGUGGUCUCCGGACGGCUCCAGACUGGCCUACCUGACCAUCAACGACUCCCUGGUUCCCAACAUGAUCCUGCCUCGCUUCACGGGAUCUCUGUACCCCAAAGGGAAAGAGUACCCCUACCCAAAGAUGGGUCAGGUCAACCCAACCGUCGGCCUUCAUGUGAUCUCUCUGGACGGCAGCUCCGUCACGACUGAACUGAAACCACCUGAAAGUUUCAAAAAGAGUGAUUAUUACGUCACCAUGGUGCGCUGGGCGACCCCGGAGAGGCUGGGCGUCCGUUGGGUGAAUCGAGCUCAGAACGUGUCGAUUCUCUCUCUGUGUGACACCGACACAGGAAUCUGUGUGAAGAAACACGUGAUGACAUCAGACAGGUGGCUGAAUCAUCAGAACGAGGAGCCGGUGUUUUCCAGAGACUGCAGGACGUUCUUCAUCACGCUGCCUUUAAAGGACGGCCGACACGGAGCCUUCAGCCACAUCACCAUGAUUUCCAAUCAAUCUGAAGGUCCGGAGGUCACCCUGCGACACCUGACCUCWGGGAACUGGGACGUGUCCCACAUCCUGGCCUUCGACGAACAGAUCAGAUCAGUCUACUUCCUGAGUUCAGAGGAAGGCUCCACCCAACGACACCUGUACAGCGUCUCAGCCGAGGAUCCGUUUCAUAAAAAGUGUCUGAGCUGCUCUCUUUUCAAACCAAACUGCUCCUUCUACAACGCUGUCAUCAGCCCCGACUGUCGACACGUUCUGCUCACCUGCACAGGUUUUCGUCUGGAGCUGAUUGUUCCGGUUGAUCUGGAUGAAACGAAGGAGCACCCCUUGUUACUGGUUCUUGACAGCGCCCCCGGUGGUCAGGCUGUGAGCGACCGCUUCUCUCUGGACUGGGACUCGGUCCUGGUCAGUUCSGACCGAGCCAUCGUGGCCCGUCUGGACGGGCGGGGCAGCGGGUUCCAGGGUCAGAGGAUCCAACACGGACUCCACCAGAAAGUGGGAGUUGUUGACGUCCAGGACCAGAUGUCUGCGGUGGAGCACCUGGUCGAGCUGCCGUUCGUGGACAGAACCAGAGUGGGAGUUUAUGGAAAAGCGUACGGAGGUUUCCUCUCCACCCUGCUGCUCCUCUCUCACAGCUCCAUGUUUCAAUGUGGCGUCGCAGUCGCUCCUAUUACCAACUGGAGACUUUACGGAUCGACCUGCUCUGAGAAAUACUUUGGUUUUCCAACUAAAGAUCAAAAAUUUGAGGUUUUCAGUCUCGUCAACAACGCCUCAGCUCGCAGUGCGACGGACUUCCUGCUCCUCCACGGGACAGCCGACGCCUCGGUUCACUUCCAGCACUCUGCAGAGCUGAUCAACCUGCUGAACGUGUUGAGUGUAAAUUACACCCUGCAGAUGUUCCCAGAUGAAGGCCACGUGGUCUCGGCCGACAGCCGGCGCUACGAGCUGAGGUCGGUGCUGAACUUCUUGGGGCGCUGCUUCUUCCAGGCCGAGCAGCCGCCUCCUCCAGAGACGUCCAAAGAGGAGGAGUGAAGGCGACGGACCUCCUGCAGAAACACCGAAGGGCUCCGAUCAGACCGCGCUUUAACCUUUAUAAUUGUUUUUAUGGCUCGCUCUUUAAUAACAGCAAUAAAAUAAACAUCACUGUCAGAGACCAAAAACUGUAACGAGAAAAAAACACGUCAAAAACAGACCAAGAUGCUGCUUUUCUUUCAUUUAUGAUUAAAUAUUUAAAGGUUUGAAUCGUUGUYGUUUUGUUCUGCAGUAAAGAAACAGAUCAUGUUUAUAAACAGCUGUAAUCUUUGUGUUGCACUUUUUAAAUCCCACAAUGUGAAGAAAGGUUGAAAUGAAACAUGGAGCUCGUAUCAUGAGUCAGAGAGUCCCAGGUUUUGGUUCUGUACCGAUACAAACUGUUCUUCAUCCUGUUAUUUAUCACAUUUCAUGGAAAACGUCCUCAUUAACAGACAUUUGUAUACCUGAGAGUAUUUAAAAAUAAAUUAUUAAACUUUUUUUUUCAUGUGUU